CAUUUCGCAACUUUUAUUACAACCAUACUAACUGUAAAACAUUAGAUGCCCAAGAUACAAUUUAACAGCUCUAAAAACAAACAACAAAGAAAAAACGGAAGAUUUUUUAUGGAAAUUUAUAUAAGUAAAUUUCAAAGAUAAGCGGGGUAGGGUGAAUUACAUAAAGACCAAUAAACACAAGAUAAACAUACACAUUGCGUAAGACCGUCUCCCGAGGCCAACGGAUGGUUCCGUGUCAUUUAGGAAAUCUGAACGCACCCCGCGUCACCCCUGCACAAACUUAUGCGCGUGUUACACAAUGUUGAGGUGAAUUUCGACAAGAGGCUCCCACGAUCUGGAAACACUGGCUCCUGUUACUUGCAAGGUGACAAAAAGGUCAUGACUUUUUUCCGGAUUUGAAUUACGUGUAAGUCUAGUAUAAAUAGCAGUGGGGGAACUGAGAAUCCUUGCAGAACGCCUUUGACUGUGAAGAUGAAGCGAUCCGUUUUCUCCGUGCUUGCUCUGGUCCUUGCUAUGGGUGUUGCCACCACCCUGGCUUCAGGAUAUGGAUCAUCUGGAUACUCUAGCUACGACGGUGGAUACGGGAUGUACGGAGGGGGAUACUCAUCCGGAUAUGGAUCAUACGGAGGUGGAUAUGGAUCAUACGGAGGGGGAUAUGGAUCAAGCGGUUACGGCAGUGGAUACGGUUCCGGCAGUGGAUACGGUUCCGGAAGUCACGGAUCUGGAUACGGAAAGUCAGGAAAGCACUCCAGCACUGCUCUGUACAUCCCAUACGCAGUUCCCGUACCUGUAGAACAACCAAUUGCCCCCACACCAAUCAACCCUCUGUUAUUUACCGGUGUUGGCACAACCCAGAAUAAUGGAAUUUUCGGAGGAAACGGAGCCGGUCUUCUUUUCCUUCUCUUCCUCAUCCCUCUGCUGUUUAACAACAACAACACCUCUGGUUAAAUAACUAACUGAUGAAGACAAAGGAAUUGGAGAACAUCAUCUUACGACAUUGAUACCUGUACAUAGGUUGCAGAAAAGAGCACACGCCG